AUGGUACGCUCUAUCCUAUCCUUCUGGCGGGCGUUGUGUUCGAACGCUUCCCCGCUUUGCGGGGCAGAUGUACUGGCCGACUCUCUGACCGAAGAGCAAGUCUCCGAGUACAAGGAGGCCUUCUCCCUGUUUGACAAGGAUGGCGAUGGACAAAUCACCACCAAGGAACUCGGUACCGUCAUGCGCUCGCUCGGCCAGAACCCUUCGGAGUCUGAACUCCAGGACAUGAUCAACGAAGUUGACGCCGACAACAAUGGCACCAUUGACUUCCCAGAGUUCCUCACCAUGAUGGCCAGAAAGAUGAAGGACACCGACUCCGAGGAGGAAAUCCGAGAGGCGUUCAAAGUCUUUGACCGCGACAACAAUGGUUUUAUCUCCGCUGCUGAGCUGCGUCACGUCAUGACCUCCAUCGGUGAGAAGCUCACCGAUGACGAAGUCGACGAGAUGAUUCGUGAGGCGGAUCAGGAUGGUGACGGCCGCAUUGACUACAACGAAUUCGUGCAACUCAUGAUGCAAAAAUAA